CCACCCUCUAAUCUGUGAGCUCGUUGUAUCUGCUAAGUGCAGAUAUACAACUCUAAACUAAACUCUGGGGUAGAUCCAAGGUAAUCAGGUUGUCCCUCGUGGGAUCUACGGUCUUAAUCCCCAUUUUACAGAUAGCACUCUGCCCGCGGAGAGGUCUCCUAAAAAAGAAACAAAGGCGCUCCGCAAUCUGCGCAUGUACAGUCCUGGUUCUUAGGACCCUCCCUCCAGGCCAUCCAUCGGCUGGUCUCUCGGACUUCAUUUAGUCCGGGAGGUUUUCCUCCUUGAUGAUGCAAGUUUCUGACCAGGUGUUCUUCCCUUCCAUCCUACUGUUGAUGCUGAAAGAUUUCUCUCCCGGAUCAGCAGUCGAAAGCCUUGAAAAAAGAAUAUUUGCAGCUGUGGGCUCCUCUGUGCUUUUUCCAGCCCCAGAGAUCAGAUCACACCUAAAGAUCAUCCAGUGGGAAUUUAUCAAUAACCACCCUCUUCAGCUCAUUGUGGAAUAUCAAUUGGAUUCCUCGAAGGCCAUUGUCUACGGACCCUAUAAAGGCAGAGUUGAUUUCAAUGAAUCCACUGGAUAUCUCUUGCUGAAGAACGUGCAGAAGAAAGACAAUGGCAUUUACAAAGUUGUCAUCAAUUUGGAGGAAAAGAAAGCCCAAAAGGUCUCCCUGACUGUGAUAGAGCCUGUGACCCAACCCCAGUUGAGAAGUAAUUUGUCCCUGGAUGGUUCAACCUUGUGGUUAUCCUGUGAUGUGUCAGGUGACAGGAUCACUAUUGUUUGGAUGAGGAACGAAGAGCCGAUCCCACCAGAGGAGUGUUACCAACAGUCUGAGGACCAGAAACAUCUGGGAAUAAUUAAUCUGGAGAAAUCGGACUGUGGGAACUUCUCCUGCAAUGCCAGCAAUGAAAUCAGCUGGAGGCAAGCCACCCUGUUCGUUACGUUUGAAGGUAUCCCAGCAGCCUUGCAGCAAGCCCAGAAAAUGUCCGCAGUUGCAUUGAUGUUGGGAGUUAUUGCGGCUCUAGGUUUCGUUUCCCUGUGCUGUCAGUCAGCUAAGCCAAAACCUGGCCAUGCUGCUUCACUUAGCCAAAAUCAUAAUUUUGCCAAGCACCACAGAUCGAAAAGAAAUUUCUUUAACUGGAAUGGAGAGGAAUGGAGAUAUUUCAUCUGCUUCCUUCAAGCCACGGUGUGUCUGUCGUCAGGUCUGCUGUUUGCAGUUACAAUCAUCUGGAUGGCGCAGCAAGGUGUUUCUGUAUUUCUCAUAUUUCUCAUUUUGGCCCUUACCUGGGUGAUGAUGGUGACUUUGACAGUAGUGGUUUGGGAUCCCAAAAGGCUACGAACAUUUACAGGCAGAAGGACAAUCCGCAUCAUCCUGGAUGCCACAGCUCCUGGAGGAGUGAUUCUAGUCAUGGUGUUGGCCGGUUUUUUCCUAAUGAACAUCCGUGACCUUGAAGAAAAAGGCUGCUCUUCUACGGAUAUGAUUGCUAGCUUCAUCAUACCCUUAGUGUUGUCUCUGAUUCCCUUCCUGUUCUUUCUGUUCUAUCAUAUAAAGAGAAGAAAAAAGAAAGAAACAAGGAACAACCCUCCUGGAGGUGAAGAAAACUAGCCGGGAAGCGAUGUAGCUUAGAGUUGAGUCAAAUUCCAGGAAUCCACGAAGAUGACAACCUCCCUGGAAGCUCUGAUGAGGAAAGAAGUUUUGUACUGGAGAGGCAUUUGAGUUGAUAUCAAAAUUGUGACGGCUGUGAAGGCUCCCCACUUUUCUUGGUAUUUGGUUAUCUCCUCUCUGCCUUAUGGAUUCUCAUUCCUGCCUGGUCCAUUAACGUUUGACUGAGGAAGCCAAAGUCUCAGUAUCUGAGCUCACUGGUGCUAAGCUGGGGAUGUCGUCUCUUAGUUCGGGCAUGUUUGGAUUGGAGUCUGGGCACUAGGGAAGCAGUGUGGCCUAGUGGAGCGAGCACAGAAUCCUGCUGUGUGACCUCGGGUAAGUCACCUCAGUUUCCU